AAAGGAAGAAUGGGCGUGUCUCUGGUCCCUCUACCCUCUUCGGGUUAGGGUUCUCUUCUUCUCUCUCUGUAAACAUGGCGAACCGUACGGACCCAGCUGCGAAGAGCAUACGAGGUACGAACCCUCAGAAUCUGGUGGAGAAGAUUGUGCGUUCAAAGAUUUACCAGAACACUUACUGGAAAGAGCAGUGUUUUGGCUUGACAGCCGAGACCUUGGUCGAUAAGGCUAUGGAGCUCGACCACAUCGGAGGAACCUUCGGUGGAAAUCGCAAACCAACUCCUUUCAUGUGUCUCAUAAUGAAGAUGCUUCAGAUCCAACCGGAGAAGGAGAUUGUCAUCGAGUUCAUCAAGAACGACGAUUACAAAUAUGUACGAGUUCUUGGUGCUUUUUAUUUGCGUCUUACUGGAACUGAUACGGAUGUGUAUCAAUAUCUUGAGCCUCUUUACAAUGAUUAUAGGAAAGUCAGGCAAAAAUCACCUGAUGGAAGGUUUUCAUUGACACAUGUGGAUGAGGUUAUUGAUGAGCUUCUUACAAAGGACUAUUCUUGUGACAUUGCUAUGCCGCGUAUUAAAAAGAGAUGGACUCUUGAGUCACUUGGCUCGUUGGAACCUAGAAAAAGUGCUUUGGAGGAAGAUUUUGAAGAGGAGGAAGAGAAAGAGGACAACGAACAACUCGAUGAUGAUGAUGAUGAACUUGAAGAUGAGGGACAUGAGAAGGAUUAUUAUCGUGGCCGGAGUCCCGUACGAGACAGAGACAGGGAUAGAAGACAUGAUAGUCACAGAUAUAGGGAUCGAGAUUAUGACAGAGACUAUGAUAGGGAGCGCGGACGUGGGAGAGACCGGGACAGAGAUAGGGACCGAGACAGAGACAGGGAUCGAGACAGAGACCGUUAUCAUCUCAGAGAUGAGAAGGAUUACGGUCGUGAUAGAGAUCGAGAUAGGGAUUGGGAAGGUAGAGAGCGGGAAAGACGAGACAGGGACCGUGGUGGUCGUCGUCGCAGCCAUUCAAGGAGCCGAAGCAGGAGUAGGGAUCGCAAGGAUCGUACUCGCAAGAGACAUGCUCGCAGCAGCAUUAGUCCUAGAAGACGGGAUGGAACCGAGGCUACUAACGGCACCGGGGAAGAGCCAAAGAAGAAGAAAGAGAAGAAGGAGAAGAAGCCUAAAGAUGAUGGAACAGAUCAUCCAGAUCCUGAGAUUGCAGAAGCCAAUAGACUCAGAGCUUCACUUGGUUUGAAGCCUUUGAAAUAGUUAGUAAAAACGCUAGAGUGCUACUACUUGAAAACUUGUUUCUUCAUUUCAACUCUGUAUAUCUCAAUUUGGAAAUUUCAAAGCCUAAUUCACAUGCUUAUAUAUAAUUGUUUCUAUAA